AUGACCUCCGACACCAGUGCUGCCGCUGCUGGCCUGUAUAUCUCGGCGCCCCUCGCCCCACCAGUCGGGUAUCCCAUGCCCGGUUCUGGUCAGCCGGCAUUGCGAGCUUCAACGCCGUUGGAAGACAAUCGCGCCUCUGUCAUUUCCUCGUCUUCCUCUGGGUCGUCGUCCCAUGGCGGCUCGGUGAAGGGUAGCGGAACAAGACCCACUCCACCGCAGUGGGCACAGCCACCCAAGAGGUCCGGCGACCGUGCAUCCUCUUUCGAUUCCGGACUGGACAGGAGCGCCGUAGAGAGGCCACCACAGCUGCUAGAUGUUACUGAGCACAAUCCCGAGCAGUUUCGUGGUCCGGCAGGCGAGCCAUUCCAGAUCCUGCGGGGUGCACAGGGCCGCAUCGCCAUCAAGAGCACGACGUAUCAGUAUGAAGUGCUUGCUUGGCUGCCCAACUUUAGCUUGGGAGACAUCACUAUCGUUACGCGCAAAAACCACGUCUUGCAUAUUGUAGCAGACCAGUGGGACGAGAAUGAUCACGCUCAGUGGGAAAUCCGCCUCGGCGACGAUGCUGUGAUGAGCUCCGUCCGCGCAACAUUCUCUGGUAAUGAGCUCGCGAUCAGGGUGGCUCGCAGCCCGAAGCUUCGCGACAACGUGUCGAUGCGAUCUAAUCUCUCGAUGAGGUCGGCAUCGACACGAGCACCAAGCCUCUCAGGCACACUCGGCCAUCACGAGCGUAGUUUCAGCACUCCGACUAUGCCGUGGUCCGACUUGGAUCGGCGCGAUCUCGAAGCCAGGAUGUCGCGCGGAACCGAAGGCUUCUAA